AUAUUAUAAUGGCAGAAACAUGUUUUUACCUUGGUGACUCCAGAAAACAACGCUGAAUAUGUUUCAGCAUCAAAAUGAUGACGUGUACGUACGGGUCCUUCUGACUUCCGGGUCUGGAUAAAUAGACUGCAAAGGAGCCGCCUCACCUAAAAGAUGUCCAAAGUAACGUUUAAAAUCACGCUGACGUCGGACCCCCGGCUGCCAUACAAAGUAUUAAGUGUCCCCGAAAGCACACCUUUCACAGCGGUUUUAAAGUUUGCAGCUGAAGAGUUCAAAGUGCCAUCAGCAACCAGUGCCAUUAUAACAAAUGAUGGAAUAGGAAUCAACCCUGCCCAGACUGCAGAGGUUCAACUUUCUCUUUAUUCAAGUCAUCAACCUCAUCAAACAGUAGUUACAGAUGACUGGGUUUUCUGCAUAAUACAGCGUGAGAUAAUGCCUGCUUCAACCUGAGGCAAAGUGGAGUCUGUUCUGAUAGGAACAAAAAAAUAGAGGUAUGUUGUGUUGGACUUUCACAACAGCUUUUUUUUAUCUACACUACUCUGCUUUGUGUGCGGCCAAAAAUAGCCUCUGUUCAGACACCUUUGUCACAUUGACUUUUUUCUCCCACUGCAGCCGCUUUUCUUCACGUUCACACAACUGAGUACACAGCUGAAAUUGAUCGAAUGUAAUUUUAGUCUUGGGUUUCUCACACACUUCUCUCAUAUCAGCCUGGCAUAGCGGCAUUAGGCUGCUUCUCUGAGGCGUAACAAAAGGUCUCAGAGCAAUAGGCCUGGACCAAGUGGGUACUCUGACCAGGCUAAAUCUCUGCAUUUCCACUGUUUCAACGAGGCUGUUAAUAAAUUAAAUUGUGCCAAUUGUAGUUUUAAUAUUGUAAAAUAAAAAACAAUGAAAACAACAGAAAUCAAUGUUGCAAUUUGUGGUGUACAGUGCUUGGUGAAAUCAUUCAAACUUGUUCAUAUUUCAGCAAUUUACAAUAAACUUUAAUGCAUUUUAAUUGGAUUUUAUGUGAAGACCAACAGAGUGUAGUUCAAGAUAGGAAAGUAAAGGGAAAUUUAUGCACAGGGAUUUUUUUAAAAUGUACACUAAUCUAAUUUUGAAGUGAGGCAUUUAUAUUUACCCAGCUUCCAUCUUUAAUGUGAUAUCUCUUGAUAAUACCCAGUUCAAACAAAUGCCUUCAGAACUUCCUAAGUAAAUAGACUCCAUGUGUGUAAUUUAGUUUCAGUAUAAAUCCAGCUGUUCUGUGAAGGCAUCAGUGUUUGUUCACUAAUGUUCUUUUAAAAGAACAGCAUGUUCUUUUAAGAGAACAUUUUUGCUUCUUGCUCACUGAUGUUCUUUUAGAAGAACGAGAUGUCCUUUUUGAAUGCACAUUAGUGAACAAACAGCACUGUAGAGGCUAAGGAACACAUCAGAGAGGUUGGGAUAAUGUUGUGGAAAAGUUUAGGCAGGAGGCUCAUGAUGACAGCUGCAGGGAUCCACAAGGCAGGUGGGAAACUGUCGAUCUGACCUUUAUAAAAGACAGAGAAGAAGAAAGCUCCCUACAUGUGGAGAAUCCAGCAAACAUGUGGCAGAAGGGGCUCUGGUCAGAUGAGACCAACAUUUGAAUUACCAUGUUUAGCCUAGCAUCUCUGCAAUGACUCAGAUGUCUUACGUCUAACACUCGGUUUAUUUGUUUAGUGGUGCUUUUCUCCUAGAUGAGGUACUCAAAUGAGCUAAUGUAGCCACCAACUAAACUUUUCUUAACAUGGAAAUUAUUCCUGAGCUACUCCUUCUGUGUUUUGUAUGUGUGGUCUGUUUUAAAGCCCCAGUUGUUGCUGCCAGAUGCCUGCUCAUUCUGAGUCAGGUUCAGCUGCAAGAUUCUUCCAGUUGGAAGGACGUUCUCCUCAUUCCUGUUGCCACAUAUAUGUCCUGUAUUAGGAACAGCUGCAGAGUUAAAUACCCAGUGUUCAUACAGAUUUUGUUGAAAAUAAUUCUCUUCACCUAUUUGAGUAGCAAACUGAACUCUAUGGAUUGUCUCAUAACAAGGAUCCAGUUGGAUUUUUUAUAGCUGACUUUCAAUCUGUUUUUGUGAUUGGAUUAAAUUGGGUGCUUACUUAUGUGUGAAUUCAAUUUCAUGUCUUUUAACAUAACAUUUGUUGUAAGUCAAUGUUUCACUUCAUCUGAAAUGAAGUGAAACCUUGUGGUGACAGCAUUAUGCAGGGGGCUGCUUUUUUUGUCAGCAAGGCCAAAGAAGUUGUGGUAAUUCUGAAAAAAAAACAAAAAAGCCUGAGAGUUGACUGGAGGUUUACCUUCAAGUAGGAUAGCAACUAAACAGACGUGGAGUUGUAAUAGAAUAGUUUAGGCUGAAGCAUAUCUAUGUGUCGAAAUGAUCCAUUGAUCAUCCAGACCUAAGUUAAGUUGUGAAUUUCUUUCAAAAGGUCUUCCCCUCCAAUAAAGUCUGACUGAGCGUGAGCUAUUUUGCAUAGAUUAAUGAGCUAAAAUCUUGUUCUUUAACUGUGCAUACCCCAAAAGAUUAACAGUGAAUGUUGUCUCCUAAAAACCACUGACUGAAUGGAGAAUAAAUGCUUGUGUACAUCAUUCAAUUUUAUUCAAAAAAUGUUUCCACUUCACAAAAAUGAGCUCUAUUUUAUCACAUAAAACUGAAUUAUGAAUACUUUUUACAGGCUCUGUGUGUUAUUAUGUUGAAACUUUUGAAUCCAACUAAAAUGUCUAAACCCAACUUGUAUAUAUCUUUGUAUACAAACCCAUAAUUCUCAAGUAGUUUGGUUUUUGUGCUUAAUAUUUCGGUAUUAAAUCGUAUCCCAAGAGAGAGAGAGUUUAAAAAAAUGCUUGCUGCUGGUGAGUGGGUUUGUUUCUGUUAGCUUCAGUGAAUGUAAAAAGACCUUUUUCAUCCCCAACAUGAACUGUGAU